AUGCUGCACACAACCGCCGCCUACCUCCCUGCAGACCUGCAGGAGGACGAGAUCAAAGGGUUCCAAGACUUGGUGACUGCAGUGAAGCACCUCUAUCCCGGGAAGGUGAAGGCUGACAGAGGUCGGUGGUGGGAGGAGAGGGUGAGGAGCGGGCAGGGAGGAGCUCUGGUGUCUGCUCUGCUGGACUUGCCGGAUGUCAAGGAAGAGUUCACGACCAUGUCGACGGCUGAGGACGCGCAGCUCUUCAUGUGGAAGCUACACAACAUGAUCUCGGCUGAGACCUUUCCUUCCCGCAGCCCGUUCCCUGCCAGCCUCGGCAUAGGGGUUGACAGCUUCAAGCGCGGGGCGACGGCAAGGCUGCAUCUGGGAGACUUGGGACGAGCAGAGAAGGACGAAGUCCUGCAGGCGACGAGCGCGAGGUGGAGGAUGAGGGAUGGGCUCGUCGUCGACCCCCUCGACCGCAGGGACGCUCGCGACCUGCCCCCCGACCGCACCAUGCUCGGCCGAGCCUUCUGGACCUUCAUCCAUGCCAGCAGCGUCUACCUCGACCAGCAGCCGGAUGCUCGCGCCCUCGCCUCCUUCCGGUCGAUCUUCGACUCGAUCUACCACGUGUUCCCCUGCCCGGUCUGCAAGAGCCACUUCCGCUCCUUCUACCACGACGAGCAGCUGCAGGCCGAGCUCUCCCACCUCCGCUCCAAGCACGACGCCAUUCUCUUUGCCUGGAAGAUUCACAAUGUUGUGACCGCAUGGGGCAUCCGACGGGCUGACUGGAGUCGCGCGAUAUUCCCGCGGGAGUUUGGCCUCAACGCCUCCCUCUUCCUUCUCCCCAUCAGCUCCUCCUCCUCCUCCCCUCAGAUGAGGAUAGAUCGGGUGUGCGACAACCUCCAGCCCGACUGCAUGACGCGGCCGAUGCGCCUCGCGCUCAUCGCCGACGUGCAAGCCCGUUGGCAGAUCGAAGGAGGCAUCGACCAGCCGCUGGAGGACAAGCCCCCUGCUGCUUGUGAUCCUCCUCGCAAGGGAGAGCCGCUGGACAUGUACGUCAUGGGGAAGUGCCCCUGGUGUGGGAAGGCGCUGCAGGAGCUGGAGGAGAAGCUCAACUGCAAGUUCACGUGCCAACAAGACGGGAGGACAGUUGAGGGUCAGCUAGACUUUCGUCUGCAUAUGGUGGGGCUGAACGAUGGGAGCUACGAAGAGCCAAACCUCAAGGCGAUCCAUGGAGCGUCAGAGCUGGCGGGGGAGAAACUGGAGCUCUGCGCCAGACAACAUUAUGCACGUGACUACCAAUACGUGAAAUUCAUCUCAUGCAUGGACAGAAACGUCUCUCAGAUCCCCCUCCUCGCUUCCCAGUGCGCGUCAGAGGCAGCGAUGGACAUCGACCUGCUUGUCUCCUGCGCCAACGGCAACGGCGAGCAGCUCGUCGCCGCCUCCUACGGAUACUCCAGCUGGAUGGGGAUCACCACGACCCCAUCCUUCGUGCUCAACAGGAGGAAGAAAGUCGCAGGCAUGCCCAGCAACUUCUCCUCCAUGCUGUGCGAGGAACUGUCCUCCCCCGUUGAGCUUCAGGCUCCUCGCCUCAUGGAGCUUCACGACAAGGAUGAAGAGACCAGCAGGAGCAGCGCGAGGCGAGUGAGGAUGGGGCCCUUGCAGACAGAGGGUGCAAGACAGACGAAGGGAGGAAAGAGGACGGUGGCGAGGAACGUCGACGUGCUGCGAGAGCCUUCCUACGAUGUGGGGUCGGGAGACCUGGAGGGGAUCGAGGAGGAGGCGGACAAGAGCAAGGUUCUGUUCCAAGCUGCCGUCUGGUCCCUGAUCGCCCUCGCCUUCUGCGUCCUCAUGCUCUCGCCCUUCGUGAUCCUCCUGUGGAUGCGACGGCGACUGGGCAAGGGAGAGAGGAGGUCCCUGCUGCGACAAGCGAGUCGAUGA